GAGGAGAUUAACUGGCGCACUUUCAUUGCAUGCAGGUAUUAUUGGCAGCAGUCGGUUGUGUUGCAUGAUACACCAAGACUGCACGAAACAACUUAGUCUCAUUUGUCUCCAUUGUAGCUGCAAAUAUACUCCGUGGUUAACCUUGGUUUCGUCACCAAAAGGUUGAUAAGAUGGAGUUAAGGAACUUAGCAGUUUUAUUCAGUAUCGCUGUUUUAAUAAGUAUCGCCAAGUCGCAAACAGCUGAGCCAGAUGGUUCUGGCGAAGUUUUAAAAGGAGAAAAGGGUGAUCCAGGUCCACCAGGCUUCCCAGGAGCCCCAGGUGAAGGAGGUCUGAAAGGUUUUCAAGGAGGUCCAGGCCGAAGGGGUUUACCAGGCGCUCCGGGAGUCCCAGGCAAUGUUGGUGUUGCAGGUCCUCCAGGCCGACCAUACACUAAUACCGGGAAUAUUAUCCACAGACCUGGACCACCUGGUCCACCCGGUCCUCCUGGUGAUGAUGGUCAACCUGGCCGAGACGGCUACAAAGGAGAAGCUGGACCACAAGGUCAUGAAGGUCCUCGAGGUCCUCCUGGAGAUCCUGGCUCAACUGGUGAUAAUGGAGAUGCUGGUGUUCCAGGAGAUCAAGGUGCACGUGGUGCCAAAGGUUAUCGUGGCCCUCGUGGAAGUAUUGGAGAUGCGGGAGUGCAAGGUCCAAAAGGUGAGAAGGGUAUCCAAGGAUUCAAAGGUGAUAGAGGAUGGAGAGGAGAUACAGGUCCACAGGGACCUAAGGGACAAAAAGGACAACCUGGUGCUAAUGGAGUAGCAGGAGUUCCAGGACGGCCUGGAAGUGCAGGUUUGGAUGGACAACCAGGUGCUAAAGGUGACCAAGGCGAACAAGGAGAUCGCGGUGAUCCUGGUCCACCAGGAGAAAGAGGACCUGCUGGUUAUCCUGGUGAUGUUGGUACACAAGGUCCUGCUGGCCCUCCUGGUGUUGCUGGUGAUCCUGGUGCUCAAGGUGACCAAGGUCCACAGGGUGAUGAAGGUCCAGAGGGUGAACGAGGUGAAGCUGGACCUCCUGGACAGGCCGGUGCACAAGGAGACCCUGGACAAGUUGGUCCUGCUGGAGCUGUUGGACCAAAAGGUGCUACUGGUGAUCCAGGUGAACAGGGUAAUCAAGGUUUGACUGGCCCACCCGGUCCUCAGGGUCCUACUGGUGAAGAUGGACAACCUGGUGAAGAUGGUGAGAGGGGAGAUGAUGGAUAUCCUGGUAACUCAGGACGACCUGGUGAUAAUGGAGAACCUGGUGAACAAGGACCUCCUGGUCCUGAUGGCAAUGAUGGACCGCAAGGUGAACGAGGACGAACUGGGGCCCCUGGACCUCCAGGAAGGAUUGGUGACCCUGGACCUAAGGGAGCUAGUGGAGCUCGUGGUCCAGUUGGUCCUAAAGGAGUGAAAGGUCCAUCUGGUCAAAAAGGCGAAACUGGUUUACCUGGUGCCGUCGGUCUUCGUGGUGAUCAGGGAGAACCUGGAAUUGACGGAGAACCUGGUGAUAUUGGUGAUCGAGGUGCAUCCGGUCUCCCCGGACAAGAUGGUGAAGAUGGCAAACCAGGUCUUGCUGGCCCUGCUGGUGCAGCUGGUUCUCGUGGUGAUAAAGGAUCAAGGGGGCCACAAGGACCUCCAGGUCGUAUGGGCAUGACUGGCGGGAAUGGUGCUCAAGGUGAUCAAGGAGCUCGCGGCGAAAAGGGAGCUAAAGGAAAAGUAGGCGAAAAGGGUUCAAUGGGUGAUCAAGGUCCAUCUGGUGAUAAAGGUGUAGCCGGAAAAGAUGGUCUUCCCGGUGCUCGUGGUGAUGUUGGUCCUGUUGGUGAAACUGGUCCAGAGGGAAUUCAAGGUGAACAAGGCUCUCCUGGUCUGCCUGGUAGUGUUGGUCCUGCUGGAGAGGCCGGCCAAGAAGGCAGGGAUGGUGCUCCUGGCAAUGCUGGUCUACAAGGACCACCUGGUCCCCAAGGUCCACGAGGUGCUCCAGGACGUGAUGGUGAUAACGGUCCAAUUGGUAACGUUGGAAGUGACGGCCGACCUGGUCCUCAAGGUGCACGUGGACCACAAGGUGCUAUGGGAUCACCUGGACAUCAGGGUUAUCCUGGACCUGAUGGUCUUCCCGGUACUGAUGGCGCACCUGGAGCAAGAGGUGAACAAGGUGAACCUGGUCAAUCUGGAGAAGAUGGUGCUGAUGGAAGACGGGGUGAAGAUGGACAACCUGGAGCCGAUGGUAUUCAAGGACCACCUGGUAGACGUGGUGAUCAAGGUGAUGCUGGUCCUCCUGGUGUCGAUGGUCAAAUUGGAAAUCCCGGUCCCAGUGGUGACACUGGUGCCCCAGGUCCCAAGGGUCAAGAAGGACCAAGGGGACUUAGCGGAAGCAUCGGCGAUGCUGGACCAGUUGGUGCCAAGGGUCUAAAGGGUGAAGCCGGCGAACCUGGUGAAAAGGGCGCUCCUGGUGAACAAGGAGCACCGGGCAAACAAGGUCCUCGAGGAUCUCGUGGACCAGAUGGAGAUGCAGGAUUAGUUGGUCCUGAUGGAGCACGCGGUCUUCCUGGAAGUCCUGGAAGCGCUGGUGUGAAGGGUCCAUCUGGACAACGUGGUCCAAUUGGUAACACAGGAAAACCUGGCGCUCCCGGUGAGCAAGGUCCAAGCGGGGGUCGUGGUGCUAAUGGUGCUCCUGGUGCAUCUGGAGCUGACGGUGCUGAUGGUAAACCCGGCAACGCUGGUGCAAAAGGCCCUCAGGGACCGAUGGGAGCAGUUGGAGAUCCUGGAGCUGCUGGAGCACCUGGGGAAGUUGGUGAGGCUGGACCUAAAGGACAGCAAGGAAGCACGGGUCCACCAGGACCACCGGGUGAAGCGGGCGUUGAAGGAGAACAAGGUGUUGAUGGUGUCGAUGGUGAAAAGGGUGAUAAAGGACCUCCUGGUUACCCUGGAAACAACGGGAAAAAUGGUGAAAAUGGUAGCCCAGGAAAGAAUGGUCCACCUGGACCAAAAGGUGAAGCUGGUCCUAGUGGCGUGCCUGGAUCGCCUGGCACUUUAGGACCGAAUGGCGAACCUGGAUAUCCUGGACCACGAGGUGAAACAGGUCAAUCUGGACCAGCUGGCCCAGAUGGAGAAGCGGGAGUAGCUGGUGUUGAUGGUGAUCCUGGUGAGCCUGGUAAACAAGGUCAAAAGGGAAAACGUGGAGAAAUUGGUAAUGCCGGCCGAGAUGGAUUAGCUGGUGAAAAAGGUGACAAGGGAUGGAAUGGACCACGUGGUGAACGAGGUCUACUUGGUGAACGGGGUCCUCCAGGUGCUGUAGGUACUGCUGGUGAAAGAGGAACUAGCGGUUUGGAGGGUCCACCAGGUCCUAGUGGCCGAAGUGGUCCGCCUGGUCCUCCUGGUCCAACCGGUGAACCUGGUGAUCGUGGCUUCCCUGGACGACCUGGUCCCCAAGGACCUGAUGGUAUGCCUGGUGGAAUCGGUGCCCCUGGUGUCAUGGGACCUCCUGGUCCUCCCGGUGGUCUACCACCUCAUCCAGAUCCGUUAGCUCGUAAAAGUCUUGAAAAUACAGAAGACCUCACAAGACCUGGACGAUUCCGCUACUACAAGAGUCUUGAGAAAUUAGAGGAGAUUGAGACAAGCGAAAGUCCCGAGGAAACGAAGACAGUGGAAGACCUAGUUAUCAGUAUGAUGUAUGGUCUCGAUGGUGAAUUAGAUAAAACGCAACGUCCCGAUGGAUCAUUUGAAUACCCCGCUGUUUCAUGUAAAGCUAUUAAAGAAUGUUAUCCCGAAAAACUUGAUGGUUACUACUGGAUCGAUCCUAACCAAGGUAGCCCAGUUGAUGCCAUGAAUGUUUCAUGUAAAUUCACUGCUGAAUAUGUUUCAACUUGCGUCUCCCCAAAACAAAAGAUUGAAAAUAAGAACUGGAAUUCCAAAGAAAGUGGAUGGUUCAGCAAGCUUUUUGGUAACGAGAAGUCGAUCCAAUACUCACAUCAUCAGUCACAGUUUGCUUUCCUGCAAGUCUUAAGUCAACGUGCCAGUCAAACAAUCACGUACCAUUGUAAGAAUUCCAUUGCGUGGUUGGAUGAAAAAAUGAACACGUACGACAAAUCUAUCAAAUUACUCGCCCUGAAUGGUUACGAAUAUAGCAGCGACGGCCAUGUGAACGCACAACCUAAAGUUAUCAGGGAUGAAUGCAAGACACGAGCUAAUUCAUGGAAGAAGACUGUUUUGGAGUUGGAAGCAAAGUCAUCGAUUGCUCUACCAAUUGUAGAUGUAGCACCACAAGACAUGGGCGAGAAUAAAGAAUUUGGUGUCGAACUCGGACCCGUAUGUUUUAUGGGUGUUUAGUGUGAAAUAAACACAAUUUUCGUAAUGACUGAGACUAUGGAUGAUGUAAAAUUAUUCACGGGUCGAUUGAGCUAAAUAUAGAUAGAAUGGAAAUAAAGAUCCCAAACUCUGAUAAAAAAUACAACGUAUACAAUUUCCCUCCUUUUUGUCGAAAAAUGUGAAAUAUUUCGUUUAACAAGUCUAUAUAAAUUGUUUUAAAAUAAACAGCAACUAUGAUUCAUUUUGCUGUUAACCAUUAGUGUUUUUUAUAGUGUUUAGUUAAUUAAUAUACAUGUGAACGACAAUUUAAUAAAGAGUAGUAUUUAAACUACAAUUCGGCCACAA